CUCAGUUCUCUCGUUCCACCCCGGGUGACUGGAAUUGAGCUCAGAUUGUCAGGCUUGAUGGCAAGCUCCUUUAACCUCGGAGCCAUCUUUUCGGUCCCCCCUUCCCCCCCAGGAUGUGCACUUAGAAUUAAGGUACUAUUCCGUAAAUUCCUAAAGUAUUUCCUACUCAAAUACAAGAAUUCAGGGACUUUGCAACGAGCCCGCUUCCACGUACAGGGAAGCUUUGAUCGACGUUCAGAAGCGACCGAAACCUUCGGGAACGCUGUGGAGGUACCGCGCAGGACGUCUCGAUACGAGAGCAGUGACCAUUUUGUUCCAGUGAAAGAGGACGAACACUCUAAUUCCUGAACAAAUGCGAAGACGAUUUUGACAGUGGUAGCCCCCGAGACGUGGGAGCAAAAGAGGCGACGACGCGUCCUGAAAGCGCGGACCCCUGCAGCGCCUGCGAGAUGAUGGGCUACGAGGCGUCCGCGUUGGAGUCUAUGGAGGGCGAAGAGGCCGUGGAGGCCCCGGGGCCAGCUCCGGAGCCGCGAGCCCCGGAGCCGCGAGCCCCGGACCCCGAGCCCGAGCCGGGCUUGGACUUGAGCCUGAGCCCGAGCCCGGUGCCCGAGAGUCCGGAGCGGCGGGACGGCAGCCCGGGACGGCGGAGGGGGCGUCGGGGCGGCAGCCGGAGGGGGCGGCAGGUUCGUUUUCACCUGGCGCCGUCCUCUCCGGUGCGGUCCGAGCCGCUGGUCGCGCCCGGUGCACCGAGCGACGAUCCCGCGGCGCCGCACGAGCUGGAGGCGCCGGCCCUGCAGAGCAGCCUGGCUUUGAGUCUGGAGCUGCAGCAUGCGCGCGCCGCCGUCGCCAGCGGCCAGUUUGAUGCCUCGAAGGCGGUGGAGGAGCAGCUGAGAAAGUCGUUCCAGACCCGCUGCGUCCUGGAGGAGACCGUGGCGGAGGGGUUGAACGUGCCGCGCUCUAAGCGGCUCUACCGAGACCUAGUGAGUCUGCAGGUGCCGGAGGAGCAGGUCCUGAACGCGGCGCUGAGGGAGAAGCUGGCGAUGCUGCCGCCGCAGCCCCGAGCCCCGCCCCCGAAGGUGAAGGAAGGGAUCCGGGACCUGGCUUCCUCCCCGGGGCUCUCUUCCUCCAUCCGGAAUGUAACCUUGCAUUGGGCCUCACCUUCCCCACAGGAGGUGCUCGGGCAGGGGCCGGACAUGACCAUGCUGUGCAACCCAGACUCUCUCUGUUACGAAUCUCCGCACUUGACAGUGGACGGGCUGCCCCCGUUAAGGCUUCAAGCUCGGCCCCGCCCUUCAGAAGAUACCUUUCUCAUGCAUCGGAUGCUGAGGCGCUGGGAAGCGUAGCCCCCACAACUCCCUGUAUUGCCAGUCUGUACCUUCGUUAAAACUGUGCUUCAUAGAAUAAAGGUUUUCUUUAAAAAACUUA